AUGACUCACAAAAUUGUACUGAUAACAGGUUGUUCAUCUGGCAUCGGGCUGGCUUUGGCUGUGAAACUAGCACAGGACAAACAGAGGAGAUUCAAAGUAAUUGCCACAAUGCGGAAUUUGGCCAAGAAGGAAAAGCUGGAAGCAGCUGCAGGGCCUGCUCUCAACAGGACACUGGAGAUCAAGCAGCUGGAUGUCUGCGAUGAGGAAUCCAUCUGCAGCUGCAUCAACAGCAUCCCCCAGCGGCAUGUCGACAUCCUCAUUAACAAUGCUGGUGUGGGCCUCAUUGGUCCUAUCGAGUGCCAGUCUAUUGAGAUGAUGAAGGCCAUCAUGGAGACCAACUUCUUUGGUGUGGUGCGGAUGAUUAAGGAGGUCCUCCCUGACAUGAAGAAACGGAAGAGUGGCCACAUUGUGGUAAUCAGCAGUGUCAUGGGUUUGCAAGGCAUUGUCUUCAACGACAUCUACACAGCCUCCAAAUUUGCCAUUGAGGGCUUCUGCGAAAGCCUCGUCAUCCAGGCUCUCAAGUUCAACAUCUUUGUCAGUUUGAUAGAGCCAGGCCCAGUCGUGACCGAAUUCGAGAUGAAGGUCUAUGAGGAUGCGGAAAAGGCCGACUACUCCCAGACAGAUCCUGAGACAGCUGAGAUAUUCACCAAGGUCUACCUGAAGAACUCCAAGGCCAUCUUCUCCAGCUUGGGCCAGACCCCUGAAGAUGUAGCAGAGCACACGCUGAAAGUCAUCACUACGGCCAGGCCGCCUUUCCGUCACCAGACUAACACCAUCUACACACCCAUGACGGCCCUCAAGCAUGCUGACCCCACGGGGGUCCUGAUGACCGACUCCUUCUAUAAGCUGGUCUUCCGAUACGAUACUCUUUUGCACGUCAGCUUGAAAGCCAUCCGGCUGAUCCGCUGGCAAGCCCGCAAAAUGAGGCAAGGUGCCAGGUUGCUGGGUUUCCGAUGA